CGAGAACGAGUGCCGUUCCAUAUCAACUAUUGUGGUGAAACAAUUCUCACCGAGAUAGCACCAUAUGAGAUAGAAGCUCCCAUUCGYCGGAUUGAAGAAAUCUGGGUUCUACCGAGAGAUUCACUCCCCAAUUCCAAUUGCUUUUCAUCGAAGAGCUGCCUUUGUUUCCCCCCUCUCUUUUGCACCGCCAACUGCGCGUACUAUGAAACCAAGCAUGUCCUUGCUCMUAUCAGCUACAGUGGGGAUGAUCUCGAGGAAACCAUUGAAUGCUCUGGGAGCAACCCUGGUCCGYUCCUUUUCAUCGCCGUCCUCUCCGGUCCGACGAAUCKCGCUUCGGCAGGGACCGCGCGAACGACGAUUGUUUUCGUCGCUGCCGAAUCGGGGCGAUCCAUCGGUAGCACGAAACCRAACAGCCCUCGUUUUUGACACAGAAACCACCRGAAUGGUACGGUUUCGGGACCCCCCYACCGAUGAGGGCCAGCCCGAUCUUGUCCAGCUAGGAUUUCUGCUUGUGGACACCGGAAGCUGGAAGAUCUUUAGCAAGGGUUCCUUUCUGGUCCGGUUUCGGCACAAAGGGGUUCGGAUCGACGAGGGYGCCCAGAGGGUCCACGGAAUUUCGAGCGGUGACUGCGCCUCGUACGGGAUUGAACACGAGACGGCCCUUUCCAUCUUUGGGGAUCUCUGCCGGCGCGCCGACGUGAUUGUCGGGCACAACAUCCGCUUCGACGCGAUCGUGAUGGAGGCCGCCUUUCACCAURRAACACCGGUCGGCGAAUCCUUCUUGGAACUCUUUUCUUCCAAGCGGCAAAUAUGCACCAUGAUGGCAUCGGUCGACCUCUGYAAGCUGCCCUCUAGGUUUAAAUCGUCCUACAAAUGGCCGAGCCUUGCGGAAGCAUACGGGUUCGUGACGAAAGGCCRGAAGGGAGAAUUGGAGAAUGCCCACGAUGCCCURGCGGAYAGCGAGGCGUGCCUGGAAAUAUUCCGGUACCUUGUGGAACACGGGUAUGUAUCGUUGGAAGACGAAUCAYCGUCCUCUACGAAAUCCGGAGUGGUUGCGAAAGCGGAAGAAAAAGAACCACAAAUUAUUCCCGGUCCCGAUCACGGYGGAACKGGAGAUCCCCUCUCCUCUUUGUUUUCCUCCAUCGAAUCGACAUUGUCUAUGGAUGACGGUCUUUCUAGCCCAAAUAGUAUUCAUGAGAUUCAACAUAGCGAUGGCGAAUGGAAUGGCGGCAUAGAUCGAUCUAUGGAAAUCGAAGAGAUGGCGGCAWCGUGGUCCCCUGAAGACUCGUGGAAUUCCUCGCAAAAGACCGAUGUAAUUAGUCCAAACAACAAUAUCCGGAGCAACGAUGACAGCAUCAGCAAAAUCGGCGAUUUYCAUGCACCUACAGGCGAGAGCUUCCGUGUUAGGGGGAACACAUAUGCCCACAAAGAGAUGAUCAAGMAGCUUGGAGGGAGGUGGGACGGUCGAUCAAAGGAAUGGGUCUUUCGCGACAACGCAAACGCAUCCAAACUGAAAUCCUACAAGGAUCUAGAAAUUGUAUUCAAGRCCGRCGAGUAGUUCGCGRUGGCAAUGAUAGAKCAAUAAAUCGGCAAAAUGUAGCAAUAUACUGCAUUGAAGAAGAUAAUUCCGAGUCCGCACGGGAAACAAACUGAUAUCACCAAUCGAAACAUCCGAAGGACAGCGCAGCGAGACAAUUAUUGACAGAAUUCUGUGAAUCGGUUAGACAUCGAUGGCAAGAACUUGCGAAACUUCUCCUGGGCCAUGUUCCUCCAAAUUCACUGUUGUGAAAGAAUAAUAGUAAUUCUUUCGAUUGAAACCAGAGAAACAUGGAUCAGGAGCAGUUCCACUAAACACAAUGUACGGCGAUCAGCUACCCAAAAAAAGAUAUUAGGAUGGAGCAGUGGUAGAAAUGAAAUCGAYACGCCGARUKAGCGAUCUCCCCAUGUCUUGUGCGCACGAUCAASCCUUCGAUAUCUCUCCAAUUGUGCACUAAAAGCACAAUUAUCCACUGAUUCCUCCCGGCAAGCACGUUCUACUGUGUCCAGCGAAAAUCGGUUGUUUCAUGAAUCGAAACGAAAAAAGGAAGCAAAUAAGUCAGUCGUGGUAUCUUCGAAUCCGGAAGGCACGUUUCAUUYAUGUUCCCGCGGGGACUGAUUCGUACGGUACCAUGUAAGGCGUGUACUUUUUUAAACAA